AUCCUGCUUCACUCUGCUACUGUCUCUGCCUGCAGCUAACACCUCCACCAUGGCCUUUGCUGGGAAGUACGAGCUGGUCCAUCAGGAGAACUUUGAGACUUUUAUGAAAGCUAUCGGUCUCUCUGAUGAGCUGAUCCAGAAAGGCAAGGAUGUUAAGAGUGUCACUGAGAUCCAACAGAAUGGCAAACACUUCAUUGUCACCGUGACCACCGGCAGCAAAGUCCUACGCAACGAGUUCACCAUCGGGGAGGAAGCAGAGCUAGAAACACCUACAGGCGAGAAGGUCAAGUCCGUGGUUAAACUGGAGGGUGACAAUAAGCUAGUGGUACAACUGAAGGCAAUCACAUCCACCACUGAACUUUCUGGAGACACCAUCACCCAUGUUCUGACCCUGAAUAACCUCGUCUUUAAAAGAGUCAGCAAGAGAGUCUGAGCCAAACUUUUACUGUGUAAAAAGCCCAGAGAAGAGCGUUUGUACAAUAGAAAAACACAUGUUACUGUGUAAAAAUGUGAAAUAAAAACAUUUGUAAAAACA